AUUUCAGCGACAGAACUGGAGUAUACAUCCUCCCACAUACAAACACAGACUCACACACUCAAUGUUUUGUCACACUCUUCGUCAUUCACUGCGUCUAAGUAUCACUCUCUCUCAGCGACAGAGGCAGAAACUCACACAGAGACACUGAACAAACACUCUCUACCAGUUUAUCCACUAACCAUUUGGACAUAGCAGAGACCUCUGGGAUUGUUGUCCUCAAUAUGGAAAACAAGUCAGAUGUAAAGGCCAUCAUGGCCCGCUUCCAAUCGACUGGGUGGAGCACUGAUGAGACGUCCUCUACACCAACUGGACGUCCCAAACAACCCCUGCAUCCCACCCUCUCCUCCGGCCCAGCCAUACCAACAAAGAAACCUGUCUUGGAGAGCCUCUCGGGCAGUGCAAUAAAUGUUCCUCCUAAACCACCUUUCCUGAAAAAUACAGUAUCCACUAAAAGUGACACAGAGGCACAUGAGCCAAGCAAAACUAAAGCCCUGGCUAGCAGGUUUGGCAACACACAAGAUGACACCACCAGCAAACCCGCAAUUGGUAAUAAACAGCAGAUACCCUUGAAGCCACCUCUUUCACAGCCUCCUGAGUCUAAAGGCCCUGGACAGAGACCACCUUUCAACAAGCCCCCCCUUAGCUCCACCCUGUCCGAUUCCAAACCUGCCUUUCUCAAACCGUCCCCAGCAGUUGGCUCUAAGCCGAGUUGGGUAAAAGAAGACAGCGGUGGGGGUGUCACAUCAACUACCAGCUCCACACCCAAAAUACCUCCUUUACAACAAAAACCAAGCAGCAGCAUUAUAAAAUUACGGCAGCAAAAUGAAGAACAGACAGCAGCUAGCACGGACACCGUGAACAAACCCUCACCUCUGACAAAUACCACCGUUAAGUCAGCCUCCUCUAAUUUUAGGACUGCUCAGAAUAUGUUCAACAAGGACAAGAACGAGCAGCCAGAUAGCGGUGGAGCCACCAAACCACCUCUUACUGCUACUAACUCAGUCACUCCUCCCAAACCUCCAGCCAAUAAAAAACCUAGCUUGAAGAAGCCGUCCAAACCCUCUCCUAAGCCCAACAGCGUUAACGGUGAUGCCACUUCAGGCCCCAAGCGUAACCCCCUUCCCAACAGUUUGGCUUUGGGUCCUGCGCCUGCUAAACCUAACCGACCACCCAAAGUCAACCUGGAGAACUUUAAAAGAGCAGCUGAGGCCUCUGAUGAUGGUCCCAGCACAUUUAAGAAACCCAUCAUCCCUACUCCUCAGUCCUCUCACACCAGUAACCACAGCAACCAUGUAACCCCUCCUCCACCCCCUCAGUCUGCAGUCCCCAGUCUGCCCCCACGACACCCUGGAUCCAUGGUCCAGCAAGAGGACUUCUAUGAUGAUGUUGAUGAACUGACCAGCUCUCCUCCACCUCCACCACCCACAGGUCACCCGAGUCAGAAGGCAAAGGAGGAAAUCGAUGAUGAUGAUGGAGAGAUGUAUGAGGAUCUUGAUGAACGAUGGGAAGCGGCUGAACAAAAACAAGAAAAGAAGAGAGAGAAAGAUGAGAAGGAGGAGAAAAAACGACUGGAGGCUGAGAAGAAGGAGCAGAAAGAACGUGAGAAGAAGGAACAAGAUGCCAGAAAGAAAUUCAAAUUGGUUGGCCCCCUAGAGGUCAUCCACCAGGGGAAGGCUUGUGUGGACUGCAAAAGCAGUAAAACUGACCUUGGUCUGAAGCAGGGAGAUCCUUUGGACAUCAUCCGUGUGCAGGGCAACCCGGAGGGCAAAUGGUUGGGACGGACGCAGGAUGGAUCCAUUGGUUAUGUAAAGACCACUUCAGUGGAAAUUGACUUUAACACCCUAAAGAAUCGUCAGCCUCAGCAGGCAUACGAGCCUGAGGUCUACGAUGACAUUGAUGUCGUCUCUUCAGAUAACAGUGGGAUUAAAGGACCAGGAGUUGUCCUACCUCCACUACCAGGAGAGGGAGGAGAAAUAUAUGAUGAUGUUGUUGAUCCAAACCUGGAAGUCAGUCCCCUGGACACCAGGUCUUCUCUUUCGAAGCCACUUAACUUCCUGCGGAUGUUUGACCGGAACAGACGUCCUGCCAGCUCUAAAGUAGUGCCUCCACCCAGUCAGUUUACUGCAGAGGGGAAUUCAGAUCAGUCAGGAGGAGCAAUUGAUGAGGAGAUAUACGAUGAUGUUGACUCUCAAAAUGUGUCUUUACCGCCUCCCAGCAGCUUUUCAAUCCUAAAAGGCAAAAGCAAGACUGAGGAGAUGGAUCCAAAGAAACAGAAAAAGUUUGAGAAAGAGGAGAAGGACUUCAGGAAAAAGUUUAAAUAUGAUGGCGAGAUUCAGGUGCUAUACCAGGUGACCAUCGUCCACACACUUACUAAUAAGAAGUGGAGUGGGAAAGAGCUGCCAAUCAAAGCAGGGGAGAUGCUUGACGUCAUUGUCAAAGACACGGACAACAAACUGAUCUGUCGGAAUGAGGAGGGCAAGUUUGGUUAUGUGUCAACCAGCCACAUUGUUAUGGAUGAUGCUGAUAUCUACGAUGACAUUGGAGAUGAUUGCAUCUAUGACAACGAUUGAGAAACAUCCUACACUGAGUUUACUGUUUUACACUGAUAUUGUUCAUGUUAUUUAUUAUGUUUAUCACUGGGAGUUGCUUUGAGUUGAUAAUCAGACUGAAUUGUCAUUUCAUUUUCACUUCAUUAUUUAUUAAUUAAUAUUUGAAUUACUGAAAAUAAAUUGGCCAUGUGGGCAGCAAUUCAGAGACCAAAAAAACACAACUUUUCUAUGUGGUUGUGGUACUUGCAACAUCUCAGAAAAUUGGGAACUUGUUGAAUUUGUUGGAUUAACAGUAUUUGCAUUA